ACUUCCUUCAGUUUCUUACUUUUUUUAUUCUUUGUUGAAUCUAGAAAUUCUUUUCAUCGUUUAUUUCAUAUAUGUCUUCUUCCAGUUCCAGUUCCAGUUUCUCACUUUUUGAGGAUGAAGAUACAACAAAUAGAAGAACACAAACCGACACAAGAAUCCAUGAAGUCUUCCUAAGCUUCAGAGGCGAAGACAAUCGUUGUUAAGAGUCCCACAUUGGACAAUAUAUGGCCUGGACAUGUCCUUAUAAGUGGGGGCAAUCCUCACCCUAUAAGCCGGUUUUGUAGGGAUGAGUUAGGCCCAACCACACUUCUUAACAUGGUAUCAAGAGCCUCGUUUAAGAUCCGGUGGGCCACCUUCUAUGGUUUCCGCUAUCGGGCCACCCGCCAUUUAUUUCCACGCUCCAGUUGUCUAGUCCUGGGCGUGAGGGGGUGUGUUAAGAGUCCCACAUUGGACAAUAUAUGGCCUGGACAUGUCCUUAUAAGUGGGGGCAAUCCUCACCCUAUAAGCCGGUUUUGUAGGGAUGAGUUAGGCCCAACCACACUUCUUAACACUCGUGCUUCCUUCACUUCACAUCUCUAUGCUUCGCUUCAAAACGAGGGAAUUCGCGUUUAUAUAGAUGGUUGUUCACUUCCAAGGGGAGACCAUAUCUCAACUUCGCUACGCCAAGCAAUCGAAGUCGAACAGUCUCAGAUUUCUGUUAUUGUUUUCUCAGCAAACUACGCCCAAUCGUGUUGGUGCGUCGAAGAAUUGCUGCUAAUUAUGCAGUGUCAUAGAAACAUUGGGCAAAUUGUUCUGCCAGUGUUUUAUGAUGUAGAUCCAUCUGAAGUACGUCACCAAACUGGUGAGUUCGGAAAGGGAUUUCAAAAACUUUUGGAAAAGUUUUGUAACGAGGGGUUGGGCGAUCACCCUCCAGGUUUGGUGUGGUGGUUAGAUGGUUGUGUCUCCCGUGAUAAUUGGAAAAGUUUUGUAACGAGGGGUUGUCCCAAGAGAAGCUGGAGAACAGAGAUUUGUGAAGCUGCUUCGCUUGCUGGAUUUGUAAUCCCAAAUUCCAGGAAUGAAAGUGAGGCUAUCAAAAGUAUUGUUGAAAAUGUUACACAUUUUCUAGAUAAGACACACUUGUUUAUUGCUAAUAAUCCAGUGGGAGUUGAAACUCGAGUGAAAGAAAUGAUUCAAAUGAUAGGUCGAGACCAGGAUAUCCAACAAUCAGAUGAUAUUCUCCUACUAGGGAUGUGGGGUAUGGGAGGAGUUGGUAAAACAACCAUUGCAAAAGCCAUUUACAAUGAAAUUAGUCGCAAUUUUGAAGGUAGAAGUUUCCUUGCAAAUAUUAGGGAAGUUUGGGAGCAAAAUGUUGGACAAGUGGGUUUACAAGAACAACUUCUUUUUGAUAUUUGCAAAACUAAGACUUCCAAAAUACAAAGCACUGAAUAUGGAAAAAUCAUUUUAAAGGAAAGACUCUGCCAUAAAAGAGUAUUGAUUGUACUUGAUGAUGUGAAUACAUUGGACCAACUGAAUGCUUUAUGUGGAAAUCGUAAUUGGUUUGGCCCGGGUAGUAGAAUAAUCAUCACAACAAGGGAUAGACAUAUACUUCGAGGAAAUAGGGUUAACCAAGUAUACAAAAUGAAGCACAUGGAUGAAAGUGAAUCAAUUGAGCUAUUUAGUUGGCAUGCAUUCAAGCAAGCAAGUCCUACAAAUGAUUUUGUUGAAAUUUCUAGAAAUGUAGUCGAGUAUUCUGGGGGAUUGCCGCUGGCUUUGGAAGUCCUUGGGUCAUAUUUGUUUGACAGGGAAGUAAGAGAGUGGCUUUGUGUGUUGGAGAAACUCAAAAGAAUUCCUAAUGACCAAGUACAAAAAAAGCUAAAAAUAAGCUAUGACGGUUUAAAUGAUAACACCGAGAAAGAAACAUUCCUUGACAUAGCUUGUUUCUUUAUUGGAAUGGACCGAAAUGAUGUUACUCUUAUAUUAAAUGGCUGUGGACUUUUUUCUGAUAUUGGAAUAAGUAUCUUGGUGGGACGAAGCCUUGUAACUAUUGAUCAUCAGAAUAGACUUAGAAUGCAUGAUUUGGUGCGAGAUAUGGGAAGAGAAAUCAUUCGUGAGAAAUCACCUGAGGAGCCUGAGGUGCGUUGCAGGUUGUGGUUUGAAGAGGAUGUGAUUGAUAUACUAUCUGAUCAAUCUGUAAGAAUUUCAUAUACUUCAUCUAUUAAAGGGUUGGCUUUGAAGUUACCCAAAGCUAAGGCAAAAUGUUUUAGUACUAAAGCAUUUAAGAAGAUGACGAAACUAAGAUUACUUCAACUUGCUGGAGUUAAACUUGAUGGAGAUUUUGAAUAUCUUUCAAAAAAUCUGAGAUGGCUGUCUUGGAAUGGAUUUCCCUUAACACAUAUUCCUACGAACUUUUGUCGAGAAAAUUUGGUUUUCAUUGAGUUAGAGAACAGCAAUGUCCAACGUAUGUGGAAAGAUCCCCAGAUGAUGGGAAAUUUGAAAAUUCUCAAUCUUAGUCAUUCUCAUUGUCUGACACACACCCCAGACUUUUCGUACAUGCCUAAUCUUGAAAAGCUAGUACUGAAAAAUUGUUCAAGGCUGUCUGAGGUUUCUCCUAGCAUUGGACAUCUCAAUAAAAGUCUUCUGAUAAAUUUAGAAGACUGCAUUAGCCUAUGUAGCCUCCCAAGAAGUAUCUAUAGGUUGAAAUCUUUAAAAACUCUCGUUCUUUCAGGUUGUUUAAAGAUUGACAAGUUGGAAGAGGACUUGGUACAGUUGGAAUCUUUAACUACUCUGCUUGCAGAUAACACUGCAAUCACAAGAGUUCCUUUUUCAAUAGUGCGGUCAAAAAGCAUUGGAUAUGUUUCUCUGUGCGGCUACAAAGGAUUUUCACGUGAUGUGUUUCCAUCUAUCAUUUGGUCUUGGAUGUCACCAUCAAAUAAUCUCUCAUCCCAAUUUCAAGCAUCUUCUCUCAUGUCAUCUCUUGUUGCUUUAGAUGUACCAAGUAGUAGUUCCCAUGAACUAUCGGCUUUUUCUAACCACCUUCCGAGGCUUCGAAGUCUUUGGGUGGAUUGCAAAUCUGAAGAUCAACUUUCUCUAGAUGCAAAAAUAAUUGUGGAUACUUUAUAUGCCACAGUUUCCAAGGAAUUGGAAUCAACUGCAACUACAUCACAAGUAUCAAAUGUUAGCACAUCUACAUUAAUUCAAUGUUGCAGUCAAGUGAAUGUUUCAAGAUCAAAACAUUCCUUUAAGUCUCUUUUAAUUCAAAUGGGAAUGAAUUGUCAAGUUACCAAUAUUCUGAAAGAGAUGAUUUUACAGAAUAAGGAUAUCAAUGGGAGUGGUGGAUAUUUGUUCCCCGGUGAUAGUUAUCCAAAUUGGUUAACCUUUCAUUCUGAAGGUUCUUCAGUAACUUUUAAAGUCCCUCAAAUGGAAGGGCGUAACUUAAAAUCAAUGAUGUGCAUUGUCUAUACUUCAACCUCAAAUAACAUAACAUCAGAUGGCCUUAAAAACGUAUUAGUGAAAAAUUACACAAAGACUACCAUUCAACUUUAUAAGAGAGAGGCAUUAGUCUCAUUUGAAGAUGAGGAAGGGCAGAGGGUAGUAUCAAGUAUGGAACCCGGUGACAAAGUGGAGGUCCUUGUUAUUUUUGAGAAUGGUUUCAUUGUAAAGAAGACAUCAGUUUAUCUCGUAUAUGAUGAACCAAUUGAUAAAAAGUUGGAGCUACAUCAUGUACCAGAUUUGAGUGGCAUUGCUUGCAGAGGCACUGAAAAUGAACUCUCUGUCAAGAGAUUCUCUAUUGAAGAAGAAUCCACCAAUGACUUCAAUCAGAACAGAAGGAAGAAAAAUCGAAUGGAAUGAAUCAAUGAAUGAUGGUAAAGCAAUGAUGGGUAAAACUCAAUUCUUGUAGUGCUUGCAAACCUUUUGUAUUAACAACAAUUGUUUUCCAUUUUUGGCUGAAGUUUCUAGAUUUUAUCCCUGGUGAAUUUUUUUAAUUUCUAAAGAGAAGUCAAAUAUUGUAUGUUCUGUUACAGUUCUUCCAUAUCAUAUCUAGUUGGAUAGAUGGGUGGUUCUAAUUGUAUUCCUGACUUUGAGUGAGAAACACUCAAUUUUUAAUUUUUAUUGAAAUAUCUUUGUCUGACAUAUUUGUGUUAGACAAAUAUAACUUAGACAAAUAUAACUCGAUAGACAAAUAUAACUCAAUCCUUAGGAUUAACAAGUGGGAAAGGUCUUAGAAUUUGGGCUAGAUUAACUCAAUCCUUACAAAGCUAACUUCAGGACCUACACAGCGUAUUUAGAGGCCUAAAACACAUUUUAUUGUGAGGCCUUAAGAAAAUAACACAAUGUUAAAAAAAAAAUUAUAUAUAUAAAAUUCUGCACCAGCCAAAGGUUGUACUAUCCAAGACACGAGGCCUCCUUGGAAGCAGAUCCUCUGACUUUGGAUUCUCUAACUUCCCAUAACUUUAGGAAUUUUCAUGAGAGAAGUGAAAGAGGUGAAAAUAAGGAGGGAAACAACAUGAGAGAUACUGCAUUUUUAGAGUGAGAUAAGGGGAAAGGCAGAGUGCAGUUCCCGCCCUAAAGUCAGAGGAUCCUCCUCCGGCCUCCUUCUUAACCAACUAAGCUAGAUAAAUACUUGUUGUUUUUUGGUCAUGGAAUAUAUUUAUAGCUAUAUUUAAACUUUUGAGGCCUUUUUUGACCCAAAGUUUUAAGGGCUAAAGCCAUAGCUUUAGUGGCUUGGCCCCGGCUAACUUAUAGGACUUCCCCCCUUAACACAUGUUCGAGUCAUAUCUCAUCUAAUGCGAGAUUUUUAAUACACCCCUCAUGCUCUUGACUUGACCACUAGAGCAUGACCCAAGUGGUUUGAUAGCGGUGACUUGAUAGUAGGUAGUCCAACAAAUCUUACAUCGACUCUCAUAUCAUCUUAAAAUGUUGGUUCAACCUAACUUUAUCCUUACAAAUGUUCAUGCUUAAGUUGGUUUUGCCUCAUAGAAAAAGUGAUUUCAAUUCAUAUUCUAAACGAAAAAAUGAAUUAAAGUUCUAUAAGAAAAUGGGGUUGACAAUUAUAUCUUAGGUGAAAGACUUGUGUUUGAAAAUAAAAAAGAGAUUUCAUGAAGUCAAAUCAAUACAUAAAGCUAUAGUUGGAUUUGGGAUGGGACUUGGGGCAUUCUCCACUUAAAUUGGACCUUGACUGAUUAGUUGUUCUAACCAUACUAUGAGAUAUAGCUUUUAUAUAUGUCUUGUAUUUUAAUAAAUUGGACAUAAGUGUCUUCAACCUAGCUUAGCAAACUUCUGGAGUUCAGAAAGAUACAAUAUAUUGUGCCUAUAAGAAACUCCGAGUUGAUCAAUGAACAUUUUACCACAGUCGCAGCAUCAGACUCAAUGGUUAUCUCGUCAAACUCAUUUCCUUUGCUAAAACAAACUGCUUCAACAUUUAUUUUUUACCAACUUGCAGCCAGGGGUGCUCUAUUGCUCCAAGAUAACUCGGUUGGUUGAGUAAUCUGAUUUUUCUUAAUUUUUUAUUGACCUAAUUGAAUACUUUCCUUUGACAUCACCCAAGGCAGCUGUAGAGGGUGGUAUAGAAUUUAUCUUUGUUUGAGAGUUUUCUCCUACAGCUGAGGUCUUGCUUUUGAAAUAGCUAUAGUGCUGCUAUGUUACUCGUUGAGAAAAUUAUUUUCCUGCAGUGGCUACCUGUGCUUGAGGAAGAAUAUUGUUAUAUGCUUAUUGGGGAUUGUAUUGAUGAUCUUGUUAAGGAAGGAUCAUGUUCAUGUUAAUUUCUUUACCAUUACUAUUUGGUUUGUGUACAAUAUGCUCUUAAGCUGCCGGUGUCUCUUUUGUUGCUGGGAUAUUUUGAUGGUGUACCUUUGUUUAUGAUAUAAAGGUGUUCUCAAGU